AUGACAGCACUCGAGCGGGCUGAGCCUCGCUGGGACAAGAUGGACAGUGACCCGGCGCUCCCAAACAGGCGCUUUAGGAAUGCUUUCAAGUCCAGGGAGAAAGUCAGACAAAAGUGUUACGCGGUGCCGAUUGUUCAUCACGACGAGUAUGUGUGCAACCUGCCGGCUAACCACAGGUUCAUCAUGGCCAAGUUUCCACGGGAUCAAAUCAUUAGCGAUAAACAGGUGUGGACGCCUGAAGUGGCUUCCAUGGAGUUGCUGCGUGGUGUCCACACAGACGACUACCUGAACCAGUUCAUCAACGGCAAGGUCAGCGAGAGAGACCAAAGGAGGACGGGAUUGCCAUGGAGCGAAGGCAUCGUAAAGCGCUGUCGAUAUGAAACAGGUGGCACCGUGCUGGCGGCGCAGCUGGCGGCGCAGCUGGCUCUGCAGCGAGGUCUGACCUGCAGCACAGCUGGUGGGACCCAUCACGCCUUUCCCAGCUAUGGCUCUGGCUUCUGCCUCCUCAACGACCUGGCGGUGGUUGCUCAACAAAUGAGCGACCCAUUGUGCAAGAGGAAAGUUCUGAUUGUGGAUCUGGACGUGCAUCAGGGUGACUGCACUGCUUCCAUCUUCCGAGACGAGCCAUGUGUCUGUUCUUUCUUUGUGCAUUGCGGGAAAAACCUCCCCCUCUGUAAACAACACAGUGACCUCGAUGUCAGUGUUGAGGAUGGCCUGGAGGACAAGGAGUAUCUCGCCACAGUGGAGGCUCACCUUCCCUGGUUGCUGGAGUCUUUCCGUCCAGAUCUGAUCCUGUAUGACGCUGGGGUGGACCCUCACUGUGAAGACUCCCUGACUGACCAAGGGCUAUAUGAGCGAUAUCUGUAUGUGAUGAAGACAGCGCUGAGCAGAGGCACCCCCGUGGCAGCGGUCAUCGGAGGAGGGUACUCACGAGACAUUGACAAGCUGGCUCUACAUUCCAUCGUCCACCGAGCAGCAACUCAGAUUUGGAGGAAGCGCGGGAUGUAA